GAAGACGAUUGAGCCAAAUUUGUUCGUAACCAAACCGACUACGCCAUCAUCCUACUCGGUUUUGCAGCUCAGUGAGCGACUCCCCAUUCAGCCGGCACCAGCUAUCCGCCACCGCCAACAGGUGCAUUUAUGUUCGUACAUAUUGUCCAUGAAGGCCAUAAUUUUUUGUUCUCGACAAAUCUCAACUUCCAAAAGGUUUGGAGGUUCUGCUGCCCAUGAACGUUUUAACAGUUCUAAAGUUGAACUUUUUUCCAAAGAAGUGUGUGAGAUAAUAUUGGACAAGUAUCCUGACCUCAAAACAUUGAAUAAACUUCACUCCAAGAUUAUUGUUAAUGAACAUCUUCGGAUUGAUCCAACUCUUGCUAUUAAGCUUAUGAGAGCUUACUCUGCUAAUGGGGUAACAAGAGUUGCCCGAUACAUAUUCGAUAGAACUCUUGAAAAGAAUGUUGUGUUUUUUAAUGUCAUGAUAAGAAGUUAUGUGAACAACAACUUGUAUGUUGAAGCUCUUUCCAUUUAUCAAGUCAUGUCAAGUUGUGCUUUUAAUCCUGAUCAUUACACAUUCCCUUGUGUUUUGAAGGCAUGUUCUGGAUUGGAUAAUUUGAGGGUUGGGUUACAAGUUCAUGAUGCAAUAGUGAAAGUUGGUCUUGACUCGAAUUUGUUUAUUGGUAAUGCUUUGGUAGCCAUGUAUGGUAAAUGUGGUCGUUUAAGGGAGGCUCGAAAAGUCCUUGAUCAAAUGCCAAAUAGAGAUGUGGUUUCUUGGAAUUCAAUGGUUGCUGGGUAUGCACAAAGUGGGCAAUUUGAUGAUGCUUUGGAAAUUUGUAAGGAAAUGGAUUCUCUAAAGCUGAAUCAUGAUGCUGGUACAAUGGCUAGCCUUUUGCCUGUCGUGAAAGCUGAAUCAUCACCGGAAAAUGUUCGGUAUGUCCAUAACAUGUUCGAGAAGAUGGCUAGGAAGAGUUUGGUUUCAUGGAACGUGAUGAUAGCAAUAUAUGUGAAUAAUUCUAUGCCAAAUGAAGCCGUUAGCUUAUUUUCACAAAUGGAAGAAUGCGGGAUGAAGCCCGAUGCAGUUACAAUUGCGAGCCUUCUUCCUGCUUGUGGGGACCUUUCAGCUCUAUUUCUAGGAAGGCGUCUUCAUAAAUAUAUCGAGAAGGACAAUCUUCUGCCGAAUUUGUUACUGGAGAAUGCAUUGCUUGACAUGUAUGCUAAGUGUGGCUGUUUAGAAGAAGCUAGGGAUGUAUUUGAUAAGAUGAAGUUGCGAGAUGUCGUGUCAUGGACAUCAAUGAUGUCUGUGUAUGGAAAAAGCGGUCAAGGCUAUGAUGCCGUGGCACUCUUUGCGAAGAUGCUAGACUCGGGUCUAAACCCGGAUUCCAUUUCUUUUGUUUCUGUACUCUCUGCUUGUAGCCAUGCAGGAUUGUUGGAGCAGGGGCGUCGUUACUUCCAUAUCAUGACUGAACAAUAUAGGAUAGUUCCUAGGAUAGAACACUUCGCAUGCAUGGUUGAUCUAUUUGGACGAGCUGGUGAAGUGGAAGAGGCAUAUAGUUUCAUCAAGCAGAUGCCAAUGGAGCCAAAUGAAAGAGUUUGGGGUGCACUUUUGAGUGCUUGUCGAGUGCACUCGAAGAUGGAUAUCGGACUCAUAGCUGCCGAUUCUCUUUUUCAAUUGGCUCCUAAGCAAUCGGGCUACUAUGUCUUGUUAUCGAACAUUUAUGCAAAGGCUGGUAUGUGGAAAGACGUAAUGAAUGUUCGAAACGCAAUGAAGAAAAUAGGAAUUAAGAAAGUGCCGGGCAUUAGUAAUGUCGAGCUUAAGGGUCAAGUUCAUACAUUUCUUGCUGGUGAUCAAUAUCAUCCACAGGCAAAGAGUAUAUAUGAAGAGCUGGAUUUAUUAGUUGGGAAGAUGAAGGAGUUAGGCUACAUUCCUCAAACUGAGUCGGCUCUCCACGACGUCGAGGUUGAGGAUAAAGAAUGUCAUCUAGCUAUUCAUAGUGAAAAGUUGGCGAUUGUCUUUGCUAUUUUAAACACGAAGCAUGGUACACCAAUUAGAAUUACCAAGAACCUUCGUGUUUGUGGGGAUUGCCAUGUUGCGAUUAAACUUAUCUCGAAAAUAGUGUCACGUGACAUUAUUAUUAGAGAUUGCAACCGUUUUCACCAUUUCAGUAAUGGAAUUUGCUCGUGUGGAGAUUACUGGUGAGCGUCCUAGAUGUUUAAGUAACUUCGGAGAUCAUUUGGGAAAUGGACAAGCUUGUGAUGCCACCAUUUUUCUUGCCUUCGAAGCUUUAGGUCCUUGAUGAUGAGGCAGACAGGUUAUUGAAUGUCGACUUCGAAAAAUCAAUAUAUGAAAGUACAAACGAAAUGGCUCGCGAGAGAGCAUAUCUAUUUUCUGCUACUACAAAAAAGAUUGAAGCAGCAACCAAAUAUUGUAGAGUAGACACAUUGAAGCAACAAUAUUAUUCUAUCACUGCAAAGUAUAAGGUUAUUCUACUUCUUGCUUUCUUACUUUUAUUGUGUCCAUCUAAUAAUGUUGAUUUUUCAUUUUUUAAGGAUCAUGUUUUCCCUUUCCAUUCUCCCUUUGAAUGUACAAAUGGAUAUGAAUGUAACUAUCCUAGCUUUACCUCCAUGAUCUAGGAUGUGACUUGAGUAUUUAAAAAUAUUCAGCAAGUAACCUCAUUAUUGACGUAAAGGAAUGCAAACACAAGCAA